AUGUUCGAACAGAAACAGAACCAUGAUAACCUAUUCGUUCCUCGAACCACCGAGUCCAAGGCGAGGUCUGACGGAGAGCCAGAGCACACGAAUGAGGCUAGUCGGAGGUUACUCGUUCCGCAGAUUCUCUACAAGCUCGUUCCAAAAUGGGAGGACGUCACCGUUACCAGGGGCAGAAGUUCUCAAAGGAAUACGAAACUGGCGACAUUCUGGCAGGCCAAUAAGGGCGUCGUCUUGGUGGCAUUAUCACAAUUAUUCGGUGCUCUGAUGAACCUCACAGCAAGGCUCCUCGAGCUCGAAGGCGAAGGAAUGCACCCACUCCAGGUGCUCUUCGCCCGGCAAAGCGUCACGAUGGUCUGUUGCUGCCUAUACAUGUAUUACAUGAAGACGCCCGACUUCCCCUUUGGAAAGAAGGAAAUCAGAUGGCUUCUCGUUGCCAGAGGCGUGACCGGUUUCUUCGGCAUCUUUGGCAUGUGGUACUCGAUGAUGUAUCUCCCCCUCGCCGAGGCCACCGUCAUCACCUUCCUGGCCCCCAGCGUCGCCGGCUACGUAUGCUACCUCGCCCUCCGCGAACCGUUCACCAGAAACGAGCAGAUCGGCACCGUCAUCGCCUUCUUCGGUGUCGUCCUCAUCGCCCAUCCAACCUCGCUUUUCUCCGGCGACUCGACAUCCACCGCCGCCGCCACCGCGCCGGAAACCCCGGGCCUGAACAACGGGACAAUGACCUCGACGCUGCCGGGACUGAAUCACCAGGCUACGACGGCGGAGCGGCUGACGGCCAUUGGAGUUGCGAUAGUAGGUGUGUUCGGCGCCGCCGGGGCAUUCACGACGAUUCGGUGGAUCGGGAAGAGGGCGCAUCCGCUCAUCUCGGUGAACUACUUUGCGACGUGGUGCACCAUUGUCUGCACCGUCGUGCUUACCACCGCGCCCAUGCUUGAGAUUGGACAGCCCGCUCUGCGAUGGGGCCUGCCACAGACGGGACGGCAGUGGCUUUUCCUCGUGUUGCUGGGCGUGUUCGGGUUCGUUAUGCAGUUCCUCCUCACGGCGGGGCUCGGCACGGAUCGGUCGAAUAGGGCGAACGCCAUGGUCUACACACAUAUGCUCUUCGCGGCCGGGUUCGACCGGUUCAUCUUUGGCAACGUCAUGGGAUGGAUGAGCCUUGCGGGCUGCGGGCUGAUUAUCGGAAGUGCGCUGUGGGUGGUGCUGACGAAGAGAGCGCCCGCGCCCAAGAGGGAGGCGGAUGUGGAGGUUGCCAAUGUGCGGGAUACGGAGGCUGUACCGAUGUUGGCUGAUAUGGAUGGUGGUAGGGACGAGGAUUUCGAGCUCCAGAGAGUGAGGUAA